AUGGGAAUGUUUGGGCCCAUGAAGGAGGUUUUCAGAGGAUUAGUACGAAAGGCAAGGCAUGAGAGCUGGUGGGUGGAUGGGGGCAGGAAGGAGGCUGGGGAGAGGACUGAUGCCAGCCGGCUGCCUCACGGGGAAGUAGAAACACGUGGCCAUUAUGCCAUAAGCAUCCCGUUGGGCUCCUAGACGGGUUUCACGUGUGACACCUCCACAGUCCUCCCCUGGAACAACACAGUAGAAAGCUGCCCCGAUGCUAAGUCCUCUUCUAAACAACCACACACCGGAAUACAGCGCAACAGAAGGCAAGGCCACAAAAAAGAGGAUUUUAGUCCUUUGGAUGCAGCCAUUUUAAUAGAGCCACUUUAUCGCAGUUAUUUUGACGUGAGGAUAUUUAGAUUUGACCUAAAACAUCAGCCGAUAAAUGUGCUGAUUUUCAAAAAUAAGUGA